AUGAUAUCAAGCUUCCUAAAUUUGUCACUGGCAGCGGGCCUUGGUCUUAUCUCCCAUCGGUUCUACUUUAUCCAUGGAGAACAUGAUCGCUAUGCCGAUAGCAUUGCCCGCGUGGCUGUUCUCACAUUCGGCCUCAUCACUUUCUAUGAGUGGCACAUCGAGGCAUCUCUCAGUAAAGCCGUGAUCCAAGCUAUCAGUAUUGCAGCUGCAUACUGCGGUGCUUUAUUUACAAGCAUGUUCUUCUACCGGAUUGUACAGUCGCCUUUGACUCAUCUGCCUGGUCCGUUCUGGGCAAAAGUGACCAAGCUCUACCAUGUCGGGCAUAUUCUUCGUGCCGAUAAUUAUCGCUAUACGAAUAAGUUGUUUCACCAAUAUGGCGAUGUCAUUCGAACUGGUCCGAAUGAGGUGACUCUAUUCACCCCGGAGGCAUUCAACCAGGUUUAUGGCCCAGAUUCACGGUGUAUUCGUGGAGUAUAUUAUGACAUGAUGCUACCACUUGUCUCGCUCGUAACAACACGACACAAGCACAUUCAUACCCAUAAACGCAAGUUAUGGGAUCAAGGAUUCAGUAUCAAGGCGCUGGAGGCCUUGGAGCCCAAGGUCUACGAAUAUGCCGAUGAGCUAGUCCACCAAUUACGCCAACGCCUUAAGACUCCAGUUGAAAUUGGUCGCUGGUUUGAGUACUUUACAUUCGACCUCAUGGGACUCGUUGGGUUCAACUACAAGUUCAACUUGCUACAAACACAAAAACACAUCGCGCUUGAUAUGUACAACGCUGGACACCCAGUCCUUGGAGUUGUGACGCCUGCGCCCUGGAUUUACCAUUUAACUGCUGCGAUUCCAUAUGGGCAAGAAGGAUACCAUAUGUUUGCUCGGUGGGCUGAAGGUGGCCUCCGUGAGAAGUUGAAGGAACCGUCCGGUCAACGAGAUGUGCUCAACUACGUAAUCGAAGAUGCACGCCAACGAGGUCCGGUUGAGCAAAGCUGGAAGCACAUCCUAGGCGAUUACAUUCUCUUCAUCACAGCUGGAAGUGACCCACAACGACAAGUUCUAACAAACGCAUUAUACUAUUUGAUCCGCUACCCAGAGCAUCUAUCUCAAGUUCGUUCUGAACUCGAAAGUCUGGAAGAUAUCCGCAACUACAAGUCCCUUCAAUACCUCACCCACUUCAACGCAAUCAUAAAGGAGACAUUGCGACUCAACCCCCCAGUCCCCUGUGGUGGUCUCCGUAUAACACCCCCAGAGGGUCUAACAAUCAACGAGGUCUUCAUACCCGGCAAUACCACAGUACUAGUGCCGCAUUACACACUGUUCAGACGCGAGGACUGUUUCGUCAGCGCCACGGAAUUUAUACCUGAACGAUUCAGUACCAAGCCUGAGCUUAUUCUUGAUAAGAAGGCUUGGCAACCUUGGAGCUUAGGAGAAUAUCAGUGUGUAGGGAAGAAUCUUGGCCUUAUGGAGAUUAGAGUGGCUUUGGCGCUCCUUGUGACGCAAUUUGAUUGGGAAUUUGCUCCGGGUGAAGAUGGCCAACAGAUGUUUGAUGGCUUGUUGGAUUUCUUCACUACUGUUCCGGGGCCCUUAAAUGUGGUGAUUAAAGAGAGGGAUAUUGCGCCAACGGAGUAG